AUGGGGCCACACAAGGACACCGCAACCCCCUUCACGCUUGUCUGUGGACAUCUGUCCAAUCGCAUCCGCCUGUCCCCAGAGCCACGUCAGUCACCUCCCGAUGACCUCAAGACGCGGUUGCAGUACCUGGACCUCAGCAAUGGUGGCGAUCACAACGGACACCCCACAGACAUGCAGACAGAUUCAGAAAUAGACAGCAACAACAACAGCAGCUCGAAGGAGUCAGAACCCACAGUUAAAACCAAGCGCGGAAAGCAGGAUAUCCUGAGGUCCUUGCAACGUCAGACGCUUGCCAAUCAGGGCGCCGUCCUUGCCACCGAUCUAUCGAUCAUUGGGUUCAUGAGCGAGACGGAAGUACAGUCUCCUCCGGUCAUUUCUCGUCACUGGAUAACUCUGGAGUGCCCACAGGAGCAGGAUGCUGUCGCAAUUGAUAGGCCCAUCAAAGUGGCUCCUACACUUUCUCCACUGCCACCACCACCUCAGGUGCUUUCACUUCAAGUGCCACCUCCCCAACAGCCACUAGCGGCGCCAUCUGGACCUGUUGAUCCCAGGACGUUCAAGCCAGAAGACCCUCUUGCUGCAACUUUAUUCCCUGAGACAUCUCACCAUCCCCAACCACCACCGCCUUUUCUCCCCCCAACGGCUAACGCCUUUCCACCGCGGCCACCAUUUCACCCAUCACCACAUCAGCACUUUCCACCCAACUUUGGCGGUCACCCUCCAGGAGUGCCUCACAUGCCCGGCUUGCCCGGCUUGCCGAACAUGCCGCCCACUAGUCACACUAACGCUGUUAUUCAGGGGUCGCCUGCUGUACCGCAACAGCAACAACAUUCUGGAAUGUUUCCUGACGUCAAACCUGAUCUCGGACCCCGGUCACAGGAGAACGGACCUCAAUUUUUCACAAUACUGUACCAGGCGCUUGAGAAAGAAUCGAUGGUCGCAAUCGUUGCACUGCAAUACCCGGACAAGCAGUGCGUCAAGUCGCGGAGAUUGAGGCGUGAGAAGGAGAAGGGACAGUCGUUCAAGAGAGGGUCAGUGGCAGGAGCUAUAGCAGCGGCGGGUGUAAUCGGCUCACCGGUGCCGUUAUUGUUGUCGUCCGAUCCAGCAUCGAGUCCGUCAUUGGGAAUCACUAGCAGCAGUAUCACUGGAAUUUCGGCCAAGGAUGACACAAACUUGGCGCGAGCCACCGCGCCGCAACCCGCGGUGUCAGAGACGGAUCGCGAAUGGUUUGGUCUCCUCGUCGUUGGAAAGCACUAUGUGGCAAACCGCUUUAACACUGCGCCUCUCUAUGCGAAUGCCACAGCAGAUCUGGAGCAAAAUGAUGCCGAUCGAUUUGUGCUUCUGAUUCUGCCACGCAACAGCAACAGACCGCAUGCUCCGUGGCUUCCUGACUUUAACCGGGACGUCCCCUACUUCCUGACCAAGUACAACGAAGUACUUUCAUCCCCGCGCACUGCCACUAAGAAGCAGGCGGUAUUGGAGCCCGGCCUACCCGAGUCCGUAGUGGCGAGUGGUAUGGAGAACUUUGGACACAUUCGCAAGCGACUGAAGAACAUGAAACACCAUUUGUCAAUCCUUUUCGAGGUUCCAAAUGAGGACAAUACUUAUAACGCCGCCAUGGCUGUCUCGGAGGCGUUUGGCUACACGUCGGGAUUGGAUGCAAUGGUCAAGAUUCUGACCAAUUCACUCAGGGAGCUGGAGAAGGUACCCACUGUCAGCGACGACAUUUUGCGUAGCGUUCGGUCAUUACUCAGCGUUCCGGAUGUUGAUAGAGACGAUGAAACUCACUCACCAGUCAAAGUGGAGAACGUCACACCAGCGGGCAAAAAAAAGAGGCCACGGCGUAAGCGAACAGCUGUACCCGCUGUCGCUCCAACACCCAGCCCAGCGCCACCUGAUGACGAUGAUGAGGAAGGACCGGACGAAGAUCUGGGCGGAGGCAGUGUGAGAGUUCGUGAUGCGGUCAAGGAGGAAGGAGCAAUACCGUCAAAAGCAAGCCCAAGCAGCCAUAAGGAUGAAUCGGCGUCAGGAGCGCAGGUUCUCAAGCAGACCCUGAUCAAACCCAGUCCACGACCCAGUCCUCGACAGAGCCCACAGCCACAGCCACGCCCGCGCCAAGGGUCCGCGAUGGAUUUAACGGAGCAGGAUACGAUUAUGGAGCAAUCAAGGCCAGUUCGAGCAUCUCGCCCCACGCCUGCAGUGAAGCCAGAGGCGUUGGAGCUGUCCAUUCAUAAGGAUAUUGUGAUCCCAGAGGGUCAGUCAGAUUCACAGCUACUGAGCCCUGGAGCACCUCACAAGCGAAGACGGGAGCUUUAUGACGAGGGCUGUGAAUAUGGCUCUUCGAAUGAGAGUGAGGGCACUCGCGCGCCAUUCCAGGCGCCUGUCGCCGCUAUAGCACCAACUCAUCCAGAGGAACUAGCUCAAAUACCGGCCAAGAAGCCUAUCAAGAAGACUAAACGCGUGAAGGCCGAGCCCUUUGAUGAUGGAGGAAGCUCCAAAUCGCCUCUUGUGCUGUCGGAUGAUGGAGAACCAAAUACUGGAAGACUUCGACCAGAGACUCCUACGAAUGUUACGCGCUCUGUUUCACCUGCUCAACCACCACAGGAACCAGUCGCUCAGCCAGCGGCUCUCAAAACCCGAGGGCGUACAAAGCAGGCCAAGGCUGUAGAGCAGCAACAGCAGGAACAAAAGGAGCAGCUACAGCCGGAUUUGACCCCACGGGCAUUGCCACCGCCAACGUUUGUCAGCCAGCAUCAGAGGACACCGUCAGGAACCCCACAGUGGUUGGCUGUCAAUUCGACGCCCAGUCUUAUUACGAAUAUCAAGGGUCCAGGUCGUCCCAAGAAGCUUGCCGCUACUGUUGCACCAGCCCCUGCUACAAGCGCACCGCAGCCAGCGCCUGUACCGCAAGUGCAGCCUCAGCAGCCUCCCCAGCAACCACCACAGCAAGCCAAGCAACCACAGCAGCAGGUUCAACAGCAUCUAGAACCGAUUGCACAGCAUCCACAGCCAAUGCCCGCACAGCAGGCACCGUCUGUUAUCAAAGAGGAGCAACGCCACCCCGGUUAUGCCGCGGAUGCACGCGCUCGAUCUCAAGGAGCAGCGCCUGGGUACUAUGCAGGACAAGCUCCUAUGGACCACGAGAUUCAGCACCGUCGAUCUGCCGAAGAAGUCGUGGAGGUGCCUAAUCCCCGACACGCCGGACACGAUUCAUCCUCGAUGCGUAUGCAGCAUCCGUCUAUUGCUCAUGAGCAGCCAGGAUACCCACCAAGGACACAUACGCCACCAACCCACGAACGGAAUGUCUCUGCUACGUUCCCAUCUGGGCAAGCACAGCAUCCUCGAUAUGAUCCAAGACAGGAACCUUUGCAGCAGCAGCAGCAACCCGUUCAUCAGAGACAUGGAUCCACGAGUGGAAUGCCUCCUGGUGUAGCUGAUCAGGGUAUGGAAGCACAAUACCGUCGCGUUGAAGAUCCACGACAACGCCAACAUGCAGAGUACCAAGAGCAUCAGCAACGCUACGUCCAAAAGCAACCUCUCGAGCAUCCAGAUUCUAUGCGCCAGGCACCUCAGGAGCCGUCAUUGAGACAGCGCCAGCAAGAGUGGGGCUAUUCAGUUGAACCCGCAGCACAAUACCCACCGUCAUCAUCGACCAACCCUUCGAGAGCACCAGCACAUUAUGGAGGACAGGGCAUCCCACAGGAGCAUCCUGGUCAUGGCCACCCAACCCACUACUCGACUAGCGGUCCUCCCCCGCAGUCGUCCCAUAUGCAGCAUCAGCAUCAACAAUCGCAGUCGCAGUAUUAUCAAGGACAUGAGCGCGAGCAUGUGCAGCAUCCCGAGCCAGUAGCGCCAGCACCAUCCGCCAAGAAGACCAAGAAGGUUAAAGCGGUACCAAAGCAUCAGGAGGAAGACGAGCGGGCGCAGCAGUAUCAGGCAAGUUACGAGCAUCAACAACAGCAGCUCUACCAACAGCAACAAAUGCAGCAGCAGCAGGCGCCGCAGCAGGUCCAGCAUCGUCAGGAACAGUCUCGUCUUUAUGCUCAGCAGGUACCUCAGCACAUAGCACCCCAGCAACAGGGCAUUCAAGUACAGUACUCAUCACCUGGCCCAACCCCGUCUUUGCCUGGACGUCGCUCAGGUCAGCACUCCCGAAACAGCUCUGGCAGUGGUCACCCAGGAAUGAUGACGAUGAACCCCGUGUCAACUCCACUCCCGCCGGCGAUGGAUCAAGCCGCAGCUGUCCGCGAACAUUCCAUAAGACGCAACAGCCCCGGCCCCGCAGGAUACGAAUACCACCACCCAGUCCAGACUCACAGUCGAAGCAGAGGGUCGUCGCCGUCAUUGGCGGGCUACAACCAGUCAUCCCAUGGACCUUUACCUAUUCAAGGACCGGUUGUUGCAGGAGGAGGCUCUUCACGACAGGGAACUCACUCUCGGAACCCGUCUGGAUAUGAGAUGGCACCAGCUCGUGGACAAGUCCAGGAUCCCUAUAUGACCGCUCCUCCUGGUCGUUCGUCUGGCAGCUCAAGUCAUUACGCUGUUCCUCCUCCUCCUCCACAGUCUGCGCCUCAGCACCAUGGUCAGCAGUCUCAUGCGGAACACCCUUCGUCCAUGAAGCAGCAGCAGCAGGCGUAUGGUCGGCAUUCACAGCAAGAUCUAAGGGCUACCUACGGUCAUGCUUCCUCUCGCUCUCAGGAUCUGUCAAGUUUGGCUGCUCAGCAGGAACAACAUUCACGGUCUCAUGAGGUUCCGGAUGUCUACCAACAGCAUGGACAGCAUCCAUCGCACCAACAGCAACAUGUGCAACAGCAGCAGUACCAGCAGGCGGCACAUCGGUCAUCGGAGAGUCAGAGGACUGCGUCUUCAUCUAGGACAAGUGAGCGGCAGCAGCAGUGGCACCAGGACGAGCAGCAGCACUACGCGCAGCCUCAUCCUUCUCAACAGCAGCAGCAGCAGCAGCAGCAAGGGUACCCGUCGCACGGAGGUCAUCAAUAUCACCCAUCACAAUCGGCGGCGCCACAAGGGCAUCUUGGGUACCCAAGUAGCGGGGGACAACAGGGAAUGUACCAGCAGCAACUGCCUUCGGAUGCAAGGUAUCCUCCACAGGGAGGUCCUCCUCCUUCGGGUCACCACCCUGAUCCCAACCAAGGGCCCCCUGCACCUGGUUCUGGAAGCAGUGGAGGCAGUGGUGGAGGUGGAAGCAGAAUCUCGCUGAGUUCGCUUCUGAACUAG